AUGAACGCAGGGAGUUUGGCGGCGUCGGCAGGGAUAAACAUCGGGCUGGCACUGGUGGUGCUGUCCUUGUUCUCUGUCCUUAAGAAGCAACCCUGCAACGCCCCUGUCUACUUUCCCCGCCGCAUCGCCGCCGGCGACGACCUGCCCCUCGAACGCCGCUUCUCCCUCCGCCGACUCCGCCCCUCCAUCUCCUGGAUCUCCCGCGCCUUCCGUCUCUCUGAGGACGACGUCCUCCGCCACAACGGCCUCGACGCGCUCGUCGUCCUCCGCCUUUUCAAGUUCGGAAUUAAAUUUUUUACAGUUUGUUCUGUAAUUGGAUUGCUGAUACUUGUACCUGUGAACUACACCUGUGAAGAAAGUUCAUCUCAAGGAAAAGUUUCACAUUCCAUGGUUCCUUUUACAAUAUCUAAUGUCACGAGAGGUUCUGACAGGCUUUGGGUGCAUUUUUCAUGCUUAUGCUUUAUAUCAUUUUAUGUGCUCUACUUGUUAUACAAGGAGUAUAAAGGAAUCCUAGAUCGUAGGAUUGAACAUAUUGGGAACCACAGGCAUCGCUCUGACCAAUUCACUGUGCUACUUCGAGGAAUUCCUGUCUGUACAGAACACAAGGCUCGUGGAUGCUGUGUUGAUCACUUUUUCUCCAAGCACCAUCCUUAUACCUAUCAAGCUUAUCAAAUACUUUAUGAUGGAAAAAAUGUUGAAGAACUACUGCUUAUUCUAUAUCUUGCUGAAGGUAUCAUCUCGGCUUUGCAAGCUGGACGGAUUUUAAAGAAGGGAUGUAGAAGCUACCUGACUUUGAAAUUAAGUGGAAAAUUCUUAAAGUGGCUCAUCAGUCUGGAUAUACAGCACAUCUUGGAGGUCAAAGCUGAACAUCAGAGAUCUACAGGGCCACUUCGGCCUCUUGAUAUUCCAGUAUGGAAGUGGGAACAAAUUACCAUGGAUUUUGUAAGUGGACUACCAAAGACUCGUAAAGCUAAUGAUGCAUUUUGGCGGUUGGGAGAUUCUAUUGAAAGGAAGAUUAAAAUGUUGCGACAAAGGGCAAGAAAUCAAAAUUCAGGCUUUUCGCUUUGUGAUAUAUUUCGAUCAAAUGUUGCAGAUUUGGAGAUGCAUGAGGAAAGGCUCCAGGAGGUAUGUCGUCAGAUUCGUCUCCUACAGUGCGAAAAUAUACUUAAGCAAAAGGAGUUGUCUGUUGCGUUUGUAUCAUUUAAAUCUCGACUAGGUGCUGCUCUAGCUGCCCAAACUCAACAGCAUGUACAUCCACUCUUGUGGAUAACAGAGUUUGCCCCAGAACCAAGAGAUGUACUAUGGAAUAAUUUGGCUAUCCCUUACCGUCAUUUGGCACUUUACAAAAUUGUAGUUUUCUUUGCAGCAUUUCUUCUCACAGUUUUCUUUAUUUUCCCUGUUACGGCUGUUCAAGGAAUUGUACAGUUUGAAAAAAUAAAGAAGUGGUUCCCUCCAGCAAGAGCUGUUCAGUUGAUACCUGGGAUGAGCUCUAUAUUGACGGGGUACCUUCCAAGUGUAAUUCUCAAUGGCUUUAUAUAUAUCAUUCCUUAUGCAAUGCUGUCAAUGGCCUCAUUAGAAGGUUGCGUGUCCAAGAGCAAAAAGGAGAUAAAAGCUUGUAGCAUGGUAUUCUAUUUCUUGGUAGGAAAUGUAUUCUUCUUGAGCUUGUUAUCAGGAUCUUUACUGGAACAAAUUGGAGAGUCAUUCACUCAUCCGAAGGAUUUUCCCAGUCACCUUGCAAGUGCAGUUUCAGCUCAAUCGAAUUUCUUCAUGACAUACAUUUUGACAGAUGGCUUAUCAGGAUUUUCAUUGGAGAUUCUGCAGUUUGGGUUACUUAUUUGGCAUUUAAUAAGGACCCGUACCUUUAAUCGGGGCACAAAGAAUGAUCCUUAUCUUUAUGGCUUCCCAUAUUAUAGGGUCAUUCCAAUAGUUUCACUUGCAAUAUUGAUUGGUAUGGUAUAUGCGGUCAUCGCACCAUUGUUGCUUCCCUUUCUUAUUCUAUACUUCUUACUUGGUUAUGCAGUGUAUGUCAAUCAGAUGCACGAUGUUUAUGAAAUCGUUUAUGAUACAUAUGGACAGUACUGGCCGCACAUUCAUCACUAUAUAUUUAUCACUAUCAUUCUCAUGCAAAUUACUCUGAUUGGUCUAUUUGGAUUAAAGUCAAAGCCAGGGGCCUCAAUUUCCACAGUACCACUUCUAAUUUUGACCUUAUUGUUUAAUGAGUACUGCAAAAUGCGAUUUCUACCAUCAUUUUGUCAUUGCUCACUACAGAGCGCAAAGGAGAACGAUGACCGGGAUGAGAUGGAGGGUCAAACUGAAGUCAACCAGCAGAGUGCAAUCAACGCCUACCGCCCUCCUUGGAUGCGUCCACCGAAUCUGAGUCAAGAAUCUAGUUCUAUACAACCUCUAGUUUCAUCAUCUUGAGAUUGUGGCCCUUCAUUUCUUUUUUGCUUGCACAUUGUAUUCGGCUGGGACUAUCAAAUCAGCUAUCAUAGGGUACCCAACUUAUGUGUGCCACGAGACUCCAUUUAUUUGAUUUAGAUCGUUCAUUCUUACCUUGUAAAGGGAUUACAAAUUAGUCUUGACAACUGAGGGAACUGUUUAAGAUGUUCACUAAUUGUUGAGUUGCUAUUCUACCAGGUUGUAAUAUAUCAGACAACUUCCUGAAUGGUUACAGUUUACAAAUGACAAGG